AUGGUGAACCUGUUCAAGCGCAUGCGGAAGCUGAAGACUAUCCUCGACAUCCGAACCGGCACCGGCGCCGCCAUCUUCCCCAGCCCAACCUCCGCCACAAAAGAAUUCCCCCCGGUAACCCGCCUGCACCUCACAUACGCCCGCAAGAUCUACAACGGUCACCAAGGCGCCCGCCACUUCUGGCGCAACUGUCUCCCCCGCCUAAAGUACCACAACCCAGGCGUACGAAUGACCGUCCAACAAACAGACGACCAGGCCGCCCCUCCCGCACUGACAAUCUACUUCGCCGAGCGACUCAGCAGCACCGCGUCCGCGAUCGUCGGCGCCAAAAAUAUCACCGACAAGCACGCGCCGGCUGCCGAGAGCGGCGAGAAGACUGCCGUCGUGGACCUGAAGGAUCUCAACUACAAGGAGAUUUGGAGUCGGGUGCAGGCGUCGACGGGGGCGGAGGAGGUCCCUGCUAGUGCAGAGGAUGAGGCGGAGCGGAAGCGGUUGGAGGCUAUUACGGCUAAGGCUGGGAAGGAUCGUGAGCGCAUAGCGACUAUGCGGCAGGCGAAGAAGGAUCAGGAGCGGAUGUUGGCUGAGGCUCGUGGUGAGGUUGAGAAGAUGAGGGAGCUGUAA